AUGAAUUCCAAAAUGAAGCAGAAACUGAAUGCAGACAAAUCAGCAGGAUCUUUGCAGAAGUACCUCACAGACACCACAAGCAAUGCUGCCCCAAGACAGACUCUUAAAAUGAUUCAGCCUUCAGCAACAGGUUGCCUGGUUGGCAGACGUAAUGAGAAGAAAUCUUCAGUCAAAAGGAAACUCUGGAAUAACAAGUUUACCUCAAAGGCUUGUAAAGCUGAGGUGUCUGUGGACAAGGAGCAAGAAAAUGAGGAUAUGAAUGAUGUUAAUCAAGCUGUAGAUCUUAUGAUAAAAGGAAGCCCUUCAUCUCAGUAUUGGAAAGAAGUGGCUGAAGAAAGGAGGAAGGCUCUGUAUGAAGUGCUUCAAGAAAAUGAAAAGCUGCACAAAGAAAUUGAACAGAAAGAUGGUGAAAUUGCCCGCCUAAAAGAAGAAAAUGAAGAGCUAAUGUCCCUCGCUGAACAUGUCCAUUAUAUGACCAGCAUGAUUGAGAGGCUAACUGGACAAGCACCUGACAAUCUUGAGACACUGAAGAGUCUGGCUCUAGAGGAAUCCAAACAAGAAAAUGAAGAGCUUAACUGUGGAGAUGAUGCAGACAGCACUUCUGAAGAAGGGCCAUCACAAGUAUGUUGCUUAAGGGAGAGCAUAUCAGAUUUUGCUUCAAAGGAAGCAAAUAAUUUGCAACUGGAAUGA